CGGUGCCUUUAUGGAGAUCAAGGGAGCAGGGGGAUAACCUGAGGGGGAUUUCAAGAGGGGAGUUAGAUCACCCCCUUCUUUCCACAGAAGUGGGGGGCCAGUGUUUCUUUUCCAGGAUUUAUCAAGUAACGUGGGGUCACAGGAGACCCAUGGGUGGACAGACAAGGAGAAGUCGCUAAAGCACUGGCAGGCCCCAGUCCCUUUCCCAGGGACAUCAAGCCUCUUCCCCCUUCCCUCAGCAGCAUCCUCUCUGCAGCCCUCUGUCCCCUCCUUUAGAUUUAUGCCCCCAACUGCGGCCCUCCCCAGUUUCCGCAGCCCAGGUCUCCCUUCCCCCAUCCUCCAGGGUCCACUUGUGGACCCCAGUCUUUCGUUUCCUGCUAACCUUUGCUGAGCACCUACUGUGUGCCGGGCAGGAAUUUCCUCGGUUACCCAGCGCUUCCUGCAACCGCGGACUCUCUAUGUCCCCACUUCUCUGAAGAUGUUCUGAGUAAGGACUGAACAGAGAAAGCAUUUGCAGAGAGUGGUGUUGGUUCCUGAGCUGAGGACAAAUGAGCUGGGAGCUGUCUCAUCAGGUGUCUAAGUUUUCUUCCCUCAGUUUCAGACCAAGGCCAUGGAGCCUUUAGGGGGAUCUGAUACUACAGAAUGACAUUAGUGUUCUUGGUGAAAACAAAACAAGGUCAGAUGUUGGUGUGUCAUUCAUUCUGACCCAUGCAGUAGAUGCUAGAAAUGGUCUGGAAGAGCUCUAGGCCCCUCUCUGCUGACCACACUAGUGAGCAGAGGUGUGGAUGGAGCCCAACCACCAGCCUGACCUGUCAGCCUCAGGUGCCUACUCAGCAGGGGGACUUGUCAUCAGAGAGUGGGGCAUUUCAAGCCCUAGGAAAAGAGCCCUUCUCCGUGGUUCCCAGUCCCCACUGCAUGACCUGCUUUUCAUAGCUGUUGGGAGUCUGAACCCAGGGGAGCACUGCCGUAAUCAUCCGUCUGCAUAGAGGCCCAUGAAAUGGUGAGUCGGGCCAGGUCCUGUGUUGGAGUCGUUCCAAGUCAUCCUUUUCUAAAUCCAGAGACAGCCCCUGGAUGUCACCUGUCUUCUCAAGAACUAGGAUACUCCUGGGACUACUCAGCCCUUGAGCGACAUUGUCGGACUUCCCUUAGCCAAGAUUGCUCUAUUCACCUACCCGGGAGUCAGGGUUGGGACAUACCUCCCCAGCUGAGCGUGGGAGUUGUGCCUUGGGCUGGGUGUGCCAUGGGUAAGGUUUGCCUCCACCACUUCCCAACUCUGUCCCACACAGGGUUUGGAUCUGCCCCCCCAGGGGUGUGCCCAUGAUCUGACCUCUCGCUCCCACCAUCCUUGCUAUAGAAUGGCUGAGCUCUCUGGUUUUUCCUGAGGCAACAUGUACGUUAUUUGAUUCUGAAGCUCACUAACCUUCAUGGGUAGUGGCGCAUAGAGAUGCUUCUUUGGCUCUUCACCUUAGGAAAUUUGUGGCUCCGCUUCUGUCAGAGCUUUUGGACCCGGAAGAUGUGGGUGAGUGGCCCCCAGUCCCUCAGGAUGAGCUGGUGGCCAGGGUCAUCUUGGGGAAUCGUGUCACUAGAGGUUUAUUCUAAGAACUGCCAUAGACUCCAACAUCCUUCUGUCCCUGCAUCUCAGGGUCCUAGGUGUGGCUCCUCUCUCUCAUCUCUUACUUCUUUUUCUUUAUCAGCUUCCCUCCUAAUUUUGGUGAGUUCUUUGCUCCCCUUGAUUCCUGGUCUCCCCUGCCUCUGUACAUCCGAUUAGCCACUGUGUCAGCUGACUUCAUCAUCCCUUCCUUCCACUGUCACACAACCCCCACCAGGCUUCUCAGCUCACCAGAUCACCUAGUGUGUGCCUAGUCCUAGAGGUGGAAGGAAAUGCCCACUGGGGGCCCUGCCCUGGGGUAGUAGAUAUUGUGUCUUCUGUCCGUAACUUUGUGUAUUUGCCUGGUCACUGGUUCAGGAGAGCUGGGCCUGCCUGGAGUGCUGUGAGGUUCCUUGUUGGUAUCAACUCCUAAGGACCCAGUCCUGGAGCUUCUCCUCUUUCCAGUUUUCAGAAAUAGCCUCCCUGUAGGUGGGCCCUGCUACCUCUGGUCUCAGGACCUUGGAGGCACUUCUACUCUGGGGGUGACGCUUUCUUUUUCUUCUUAUCAUGGAGAUUCACCUAAGGGCAGAGAAUUCCAAAGAGCUAGUAACCUCAAACUCAUUUCUUUGUGGGUUUUGGGGGGAGGGGCGUGGGCAAAACCAAUUCUGCUUGUUUUACAUUAAUGAAUUUGUCUUAACUUUUUCCCCUGAAAAUAAAAAUUAAGCUUAUCGACGUGUCUGCCCUCAUGACAAACGAUUUCGGUCCCUGGGCAGGAGGUGGGGAUUUCCAGGAAGGCUCUCUGGGCGGAGUCCUCCUUUCUCACCCGCACUGCUCAGACCACCCAGGACAAGCCCCGUCUCAGCAUCGACCUCACCAGCAAAGUCUUUCCCAUCCUUGGCAGCUUCCCCCAUCAGGGCUGGGGGAGAGCGAGAGGCAGCCACCAGGACUGUCUGAGGUCACACAACUUCAGGUUGGACUUGAAUUUCUUGCAUCUAGGCUAAUUGGUGUGUUGAUGCAUCCACCUCUAGAAAUUAUAAAGUGGCUCACCCGGGAGCCCUGGGUCUGUUGCCAGUGGUAGAGGGAGGAGAGCUCUUCUCAGUGGGUUCCAGCAGACUGCCAGCUGGGGCUCAGAGGACCAGCCUCUCCCACUGUCUCCUGAGCCCAGGCUUCUUGGCCGUCACUUUCCCCCUGCUUCAUGGCGGCUAUCACGGAUCUCUCCUUUAUGUACCGCUGGUUUAAGAACUGCAAUCUGGUGCGCAACCUUUCAGACAAGUACGUCUUCAUCACGGGCUGUGACUCGGGCUUCGGGAACCUGCUGGCCCGGCAGCUGGUCGAUCGGGGCAUGCGGGUGCUGGCUGCUUGCUUCACAGAGGAGGGUGCCCAGAAGCUUCGGCAGGAUACCUCUUACCGGCUGCAGACCAUCCUCUUGGAUGUCACCAAGACCGAGAGCAUACAGGCAGCGACCCAGUGGGUGAGAGACCAAGUGGGCGAGCAAGGCCUCUGGGCCCUGGUGAACAAUGCUGGUGUAGGCCUGCCCAGUGGACCCAAUGAAUGGCUGAUGAAGGAGGACUUCGUGAAGGUGAUCAAUGUGAACCUGGUAGGACUGAUCGAAGUGACCCUCCAUAUGCUACCCCUGGUCAAAAAAGCUCGGGGCAGGAUCGUCAACAUGUCCAGCUCUGGAGGUCGUGUGGCUGUCAUUGGUGGCGGCUACUGUGUCUCCAAGUUUGGUGUUGAGGCCUUCUCUGACAGCAUCAGGCGUGAGCUCUACUACUUUGGGGUGAAAGUCAGCAUCAUUGAGCCCGGGAACUAUCGAACAUCCAUCCUGGGCAAGGAGGGCCUGGUGUCCCGCAUGCAAAGGCUGUGGGAGCGGCUGCCUCAGGAGACCCGGGAUAGCUAUGGGGAGGAGUACUUCCGCAACUAUACUGACAAGUUAAAAAACAUGAUGCAGCUGGCAGAGCCAAGGAUCAGCGAGGUCACCAACAGCAUGGAGCACGCCAUCAUUUCCCGGAGCCCCCGCAUCCGCUAUAACCCGGGCCUGGACGCCAAACUCCUCUACAUCCCAUUAGCUAAGUUGCCCACCCCUGUGACAGAUUUCAUCCUGAGCCGGUACCUUCCAAAGCCAGCAGACAGUGUCUGAGCUGGGGAAGUCCAGGGAUGGUCAGUAGAGUGUGGAGGAGGGAGGGGGGUGGGAGAAGAGACUGUAGGGUCCCAAGAGGUGGUAUCAGACAUUCUGAGGGACGCUUUGCUUGGCUGACACCCACUGCCAGAGAAUUUAUGGAUAACUUCUAGCAGAAGACAAGUGCCUCUUCCCACUUACUGGGAUUCUGCAGAAACCCCAGCUGGCCUUUGCAGAUGCAAAGACCUACAGCAUGGCCUCAAGAACAUCUGUGACUCAUUAGGGAUACGGGUUUUUCUGGACAUGAAAAUGUCAAGGGGAGGAAACCGAGCUCCUGCUGAAUCAUGAGCCUCUGUCAGUUAUCACCAGCACUGGGAAAUAUUGCAGGAUAGUCGAGCCCACAGAAGCAUCUCAACGACUUUCCUACUGAGUCUCUAAAUAUGCAUUAACCUCAUUCCCACAACCCAUUAUUUAAAAUAUGUAGUAGAGCAGACAGGGAGUGCAAGAUUAUAUCAAGUAAAAGUUUAUGAUGUUUUCUUUCUAUACAGAUCUCUCUGUUCAUAGAUGAUUGGGAUCCACAUAAAAUAACAUUCAUUUAUUUAA